AUGAAGAAGAAGAAGAAGAAGAUGAAGCUUAAUAAUAGGUCAGUUGCAUGGUUAGUAAUAGGUUUAAGUAUAAUAGCUUUCAGACAACAAUUAGAUGAUUUUGAGUAUUUUGUAGUAGUAGUAGUAGCAUACAAUUACACCCUAUACGAACCCUCAAUUAAUCUGAUACAUAAAACCUGCAACCACUCCGACGAUUACUCCUUAUGCGUUACAAUACUUGAAUCCGACGAUCGAAGCCUUACCGCCACCAACGGAAGCACGCUUGCUUGGUUAAUGCUCACCUUCACACAGAAUAAGGCUACUCAAACACUUGCAGAGGUAAAACAGAUCCUUAAGAAGGAGGAACAAAGCAUGAGUCCUGAAACAAAGAGAAGCUUCACCACAUGUAAUGAUGUUUACGAGUUGGCUAUUCAAUUUUACAUCCCUGCAGCUAUGACAGCAGUAUCCAAUACAAUUUCUUUUGUGGAUGGGAGAAAGGAAGCGAGUGAUGCUUUUAAUUUAUUUCAGACUUGUGGAAGAGAACUUUUUGAAUCAGUUGGUACGGGUUUGGUUGAACAGGACACCCUCCUUGACAGGGUCAAGUUCGAGACUCACCUUACAUCUCUAGCUUUGGACAUCAUGUAUGGCCUCUAUUAG